AUGUCCGACCCAGGCAGCCAAAUCCGCAUCCAAGACAGCAAGGAGAGGCUCCAGCAGGCGUACAACUACGCUGUCAGCGCCAAAGAAAGCGCCGAGUCCGAUUUCCAGCAAGCGCAAGAUGCUGGAAUCGCCGACGGCCAGGACUUCAGACAAUGGGCCCCUGCAAAUGCACCUGCCUGGAGCGCAGCCCUAAAUACUUACCAAGGCGCAAAGGCUGCAUACGACGCGGCACUUCAAAAUGGAGACAACGAAGCUUUCCAAGCUUGGAAUCAGAAGUAUAGAGAGGCAGUGUUGGGAGACAACCCUGCAAGGCCCAACUACGAGGCUCUUGUCGAGCCUUGA